AUGGAUGAUCAACAAAGCAAAAUAAUCAACGAUUUAACAGCGGAGCUAAACAAUUACGAAGAAAAACUUAAUACUAUAUUCAAAGAAUUAAACUGGGACAUUGAUACUAUUACCGAAUAUGAGAAGGAGGCGAGUAAUUUGGUAACAUGCCCAUUCGACAAUGGACACAAAGUGCAGGAAAAAUCAUAUAAAGAUCAUUACAAAAGAUGCGAACUAAAGUAUCAUGGAAUAAAGGAUGAAAAGAGAAAGAGGAGACAACUUCCAAGUUCACAGUUCUUUUAUGAACAAUCUCCAAUUGUCAUUUCUCUUGUGCAAAAUCCAGCACCCGAUGAAUCAUUCUCAUCUGUUAGGCAACCACUUUCAGUUUCGCAGCGAUUGGGUUCAUAUCUGGCCGACAUCGACUUGUCCAAUAAAAUUAGACAAGAACAACAUAAACCUGUGCGUGACGAGUACAAGGAUUUUGAUGAAGUAUGGGAAGCGUUACAGAGAAUGAAAGAACAACAGAAUCAAGGGCAAAAAUCUCGUGCUGAACUAUUGGCUGAAAUGAGAGACUAUAAAAGACGAAGAAAGAGCUACAGAGCUAAGAAUAUAAGUAUAACAAAUAGAACAGCAACUCAGGUACAUCAUGAUCUAAUCGCAGCAUUUACAGAGGAUUAUAAAUUAUUACAUGAAUUUGGGGAUAUGUUAUUAGAUGCAGUAAGGGAUGAGGGCCACAACGACAAGCAUGUCAUGAGUCGAUGA